AUGUUAAUUUUACUUUUAUUAUUCUAUAUAACAAUCCAAACAAUAGUAUUAAAAAAUAACUCCAAUAAUAAAAAUAUAAAAAAAAACAAAGAUAAUUCAUAAGAUCUUUAAUAAUUAUAAAUAUAAGAAUAAAAUAGUCUAAACUAAAGCCUUUCAUUAUUAAAAGUCUUUGAGAUAACCCCAAAAGAAUUUCCAAUAAACGAAUAAACAUUACUAUGGGGGCAUUACAAACCUUAACUAAUAUUAUCAUUAACCCAAAAGGAUAUAAACCCAUUAACUAUAAGCUUAAGUUACAUAACAUCAACCUAUAACUAAUUGCUUUUAAAUUACAGAGAUAAAAAUGCUGAAAAAGACAUAAAUUUCAAUUUCUUAUGUAAUAAUGGGCACUCUUUUUCUGUUUUUGAGAUUUAAGACAAAAAAACAUGUUUUUUUAAAUAGUACUUUUAUUAAAACUUCCGCAGAAUAAAAUUUACAAGAAUGGAUUUUUAUAAAUAAAAUAAAAAAAACAGGAUAAAAAUAAAGCGUUAUUUUUAGUAUAGGGAAGGAGUUUUAUAAUUAAAAUGAGUAAAAUGAAAAAAUAGAUUUUUUCGAAAUUCAAAAAUCGAUUUUUGAUGUAAAAAUAGUAAAAAAAUAUAGCCAAAAAGGACGUGUUUUUUAAGAAGGAAUUUUUUAUUUUUAUGUACUUUAAAAUAACGGUGAGAAAAUAGUUAAUUUAGAUUAAAACGAUGUGUUUUCAUUUUAAAGUAUUUGCGAAAAAAAUAGUAGUUUUUAUAAUUAUAAAAGCUGGGAUAUAUCAAAUAAUAUAAAAAAUAUUCCUUAAAAUAAACAUAAACUAAUUUUAGAAAAUAAUAUAUGCUAAGAAGGCUAAAAAAAUUACCUUCUUUUCUUAUAAUUUACUUUUCAGCCUUAAGAAAAUUACGAAAUUAAUAUAAAAUAUUCAUCAAAUAUUAAAGAAUUUUUAAAAGAGGAAUUUUUGGAAGAAAAAAAAAAAAAUUACAACAUCGAAGAAAUUUUAAUCCAAAGAUAUAAUGAGAAUAUAUAAAAGAAAUUAAAAAGUUAAUAAAACUUACAAAAAUGUACUGUUUCUGCUGUUUCCAAUCUUUUUGGAGGCCUAAGUUUUAAAUAUGGCUAAUUAAAAUUAUUAUAAAUUAAUCAUAACUAAAUCCCUAAACCAAUAUUUAGUUUUACGCCUUCAAGGUAAAGAUUCAGUUGGUCAUUUUUAUGGGAUGAUGGUUUUCAUAAUGCCAUAGCUAGCAAAUUCGAGGAAAAUAUAUCUAAGGAAAUAAUAAAAAGCUGGUUAGACACAAUGACAGAAGACGGCUGGAUUUGCCGCGAACAAACGAGAGGGGAAGAAGCCGAGAAAUUGUGUAAUUGUCCCGAAUUUUUAUGGAAAGAUAAUCGUGAUGGAAAUCCACCAUCUUUAAUUUUAACUAUAGAUUUUUUUAUCCGUGAACAUAUGGAUAUUAUAAAAGAAUUAUAAAAUGAAGGUUAUGUUGAAAAAAUAGAAAAAUGGUUUUAAUGGUAUAUGAGAACUUAAAUGAUAAACGAUAUUGAUAUAUUUGAAAAAAAAAUGAAAGUUUCGUUUUCAAAUGGUGGGACCAAAAUGGAGGUUUAAAAUAAUCUUUUAAUAGUGGUAUGGAUGAUUAUCCCAGAAACGAUUAAUAUUUACCUUAAUAUUAGCCUAUAGGACAUAUUGAUGCUUAAAGUUGGAUGUAUUAUUUUGCAUAUUUCUCAUUUCGGAUACCCAAAUAUAUUGCCUUUAGCCUUAGGACUUAUCAAUUAAGAUACUUUAGAAUUAGAGACUAUUGUUUAACACAUAUAAAAUGAGAAUGUUCUUUGGACAAAAUAUGGACUUAGAAGUUUAGCUAAAAACGAUUAUUUUUUCGAAAAAGGGUAGAAUUAUUGGACAGGACCAAUUUGGAUUCAUAUUAAUUAUUUAGUUUUAAAAGAAUGGAUUUGGGACACAUUCUUAUCCUUUUACUGGUUGGACAUCUAUUAUAGCUUUAAUAAAUAAUGA